UUCUAUGGGUGUCUGGAUUUAUCGCUCGUGUUUUUCAAGUCGAGCUCAUUAGAAGUUUUUUCUAAUAUUUGAAAAAGUGCAGUUGAACUAGUAAUUAAAAGUUUGACUCAAUUCUCUAUUCAGUUUAGCGCAAUGGAUAAACGCGCGGCGAGGUAUUUGGAAUAUAAUGACAUGUCGACAUGAAACUAACCUCAAUUUCUGAAAUUUAGAGAAAUUAAAGAAACUCUCGACAUGUCGGAAACCGCUAAUAAUUCAGAAGAGGGCAAGGAGGAGGCAGUCCAAUUGCCCUCUGAAGAAGAUACGCAAUUUUUACGAGACUACGUAAAAGAGGCGGAACAACGGUUGGCGGCGAAGGAAGAAAUUCGCACGGCCAAUUUGAAUGUUACGCGCCCACCAGACUCGUACUUUAGUAAACUUGAUUCCAGUUUAAAGAGGAACACCACUUUUGUUAAAAAGCUUAAAAACUUCAGUGCCACCCAAUUGGACACGCUUCUUAAAGAUAUGGCAAAUUUAAACUUGACCAAAUAUGUAAGCGAAGUUGCAACAGCCUUAGUCGAUGCCAAACUUAAAAUGAACGAUGUUUCUCCUGCGAUAAAGGCAUGCAGUUUCUUACACCAGACAUACGCCGAUUUCUCAACGCAUUUCUUUGAAAACUGGCAGCGAGUACUGUCUUUGAAAGUUGGAGAAAAGAUUGCAAAUCCUAGUAAAUUACGAGUAGAUCUCAGGUUUUAUGCAGAACUUGUAAAUGCAGGUAUCUUUACACAUAAACAGGGUUUACCACUGCUCGGUUCAGCUCUCACUGUUUUAAUUAACAUGGACAAGGAAGAACAUAACAAUGCAAGUAUUAUCUUGAGUUUUUGUCGCCAUUGUGGAGAAGACUACGCAGGACUAGUUCCUAAAAGGGUCAGAGAAUUGGCAACGAAAUUAAAUGUUGCUGUCCCGAAAAGUAAGUUGCUUUCUCCGGAUAAGCAACACAAUGUUAAAUUACUUUUGAGAGACUAUUAUAAUUCAUUGUGUAAACAUUUACUGAAAGAACACAAGGAGUUACAGGCUUUUGAGAAACAGAAUCGUAAGAUAUUACAAACCAGAGGUGAAUUAAAUUCUGAGAGGAAAGAGAAAUUGGAGGCCUUACAGUUGUCAUAUGAGCGAUUGUUGACUAGUGUUCAAAACUUUUCGGAAACCUUAGAUGAGCUUAUGCCAGAACUUCCUGUAGAUGCCGAAGUAAAGGCAGAAACCGAAGAAUCGUCAAAGAGAAUCAGCGAAGGAGAAGAAAAUAGCAGUUUGGAGGAUAUGUGGGGUGACGAAGAAACUAGAAGAUUUUAUGAAGUGUUACCUGACUUGACCGUCUUCCUUCCUGGUUCUUAUUUGAAAGAAGUUCCAAAACCUGAUCUGCCAAUAACAGAAGAAGCUUUAGAUGAAGAAAUUACAUUCGACGAACUCGAAGACAUAGAAAAGGUUGAUGAACCAGAACCAGAUGUUGAAGAGCCACAUGUUUCCAAUAUAAGUAACAAAAUAUUAUUGGAUGCUUUUCUUACUCAUUUGCCAAAUUGUGUCAAUCGAGAAAUGAUAGACAAUGCUGCCGUCGACUUCCUGAUCAAUCUUAACACAAAACAUAAUAAAAAGAAAUUGAUUAAAGCAUUGUUUGGGGUAUCAAGGAUUCGCUUAGACUUACUGCCAUUUUAUUCACGUCUUGCAGCAAUCUUAUACCCUGUUAUGCCAGAUGUUGCAAAUGAUCUGUGUCUUAUGUUAAAACAUGACUUUAAAUAUCAUGUUCGCAAAAAAGACCAAAUCAAUAUAGAAUCAAAGGUCAAAGUUGUAAGAUACAUUGGUGAACUCGUUAAAUUUAAAUUGUACUCUAAAAUCGAAGCUUUGUACUGCUUAAAAGUACUCCUUCACGAUUUUACACAUCAUCAUAUAGAAAUGGCGUGCAAUUUGUUGGAAACUUGUGGAAGGUUUCUUUUUUGCUCGCCUGACUCACACCGAAGAACUAAAGUGUAUUUGGAGCAAAUGAUGCGAAAGAAAGCAGUAACUGCUCUUGAUUCACGUUAUGUCACAAUAAUUGAAAAUGCAUACUAUUUUGUGAACCCACCGGAAUCAACAGGAGGAAUCACAAGAAAAGAAAGACCACCUAUGCACGAGUUUAUAAGAAAAUUAUUGUAUCAAGAUUUGUCUAAAACAAACACAGAUAAAGUGUUGAAGUGGAUGCGCAAAUUAGACUGGGAGGAUGAAAAUGUUUCCACUUAUGCCAUAAAGUGUUUGACUGCUGCAUACAACGUGAAGUACCUGAAUAUUAGAUGUGUUGGAAGUUUACUCGCAGGUCUUGUUGCUCAUUAUGAAGCCAUAGGACCAUAUGUAGUGGACGGAGUUCUUGAAGAUAUCAGACUAUGCAUGGAAAUCAAUUUGCCCAAAUACAAUCAAAGGAGAAUAGCUAUGGUUAAAUACUUAGGUGAAUUAUAUAACUAUCGCAUGGUAGAAAGUGGUGACAUAUUUAGAACUUUGUACCUCUUGAUUACUUUUGGUGUAAGCAUGGAUUAUUCGGCUCCAUCGUUACUGGAUCCUCCCGAUCAUCUGUUCCGAAUUAGAUUGGUCUGUACACUCUUGGAGACGUGUGGGCAAUACUUCAGUGGUGGAUCCAGCAAAAAGAAAUUAGAUUACUUUCUUAUAUUCUUUCAGAAUUACUAUUGGUUUAAAUACAACGAUCCUAUUUGGACUACCGAAAAUCCUUUCCCUGUUGGAAUCGAUUACAUGUACCGUGACAUAUUAGCGAUGCUGCGACCAAAAAUGCAACUAUUUCAAAGUUAUAAAGAAGCACAGUGUGCAAUCGAUGAGUUAAGAAACACCUUAUAUCCUACUUUAUCAAAUGUUUCUAAAGAAGAAGGCGCGGAACGUAUCGAAGGAGAAUCUGAUAUGGGUACCAUACCAGAGAUGGAUGAAGAGCCUAGUGUGACUCCAGGUAACGGCAGUGGUGAUGCAAAAGGAAUGGCUGAAUUGCACUUUGAAGAAUCUGAGGAUUACUCUGAAGCUCAAUCAGAAGAGGAAUGGACAAUGGAUGGUGAAAGAGAUGACAACGCAGGGACUCAGGAAAAUACUCAGGGAGAUCAGAGUCUCUCGGAAGGUUGCAAUGAAGGUGUAAUAAUGGAUGCUUGUGAAUUAAAUGCUGCUUUGCCAUCUGGUCCCAAACGAGUAAAUUGUCCAGAGGACGAUGACUUCCUUUCUGCACUUGAUAAAAUGGUGUCCGACAACAUUCAAGACAGAAUGAGAGAUUCCGUAAAGUCUCAGCAAGUGGACAUAUCAGUACCGUUACAUGUAAAAAGUACAAAGAAGACUUACGAACAGUUGCAAGAAGGACCCUCUGAUAAUACUACAGUAGAUUUUGUACUCAUGGUAAGAAAAGGUAACAAGCAACAAUACAAGAAUCUGGCUGUACCAGUAUCUUCGGAGUUGGCCAUGAACUUGCGAAACCGCGAACAAGAGCAGAAAGAAGAAAAGGAAAGAGUUAAACGAUUGACGCUGAAUAUUACCGAGAGACAAGAAGAAGAAGAUUAUCAAGAAACAAUAAAUCAAGGUACAAGACUAGUAACUGUCAAUUUGAACAGAGAACGGAGACAGAAAUACAAUCAUCCUAGAGGAGCACCAGAUGCAGAUCUGAUUUUUGGUUCGAAGAAGAUUCGAUAAAGGCACAUAUUUCAAUGACGUACAAGUGUCUGGAGUUCUGUACAUAAGAAGAUUCAUCAGGUCAUCAGAUCAUAUAUAUAUAACGAAGAUAUAUUUUGAAAAACUAUUUAAGUUUACAUUUUUAAUUGUCAUUAUUUGAGUAAAUGUUAAUACCAGUUGUAAUUUUACUGAAAUUUUAACGAAUUAUCGCAGAAACCUUUCCACGUUUUCUUUCAUGUUCAAAUACAUACAUUUGAUAAUAUUGCUGUGAAUUUUUGCUAUAUGACGAUACAUAAAGUGGUUUGCAGUGUAGUAAACUGAACACAAUUUUAAUUAGAGAAUGCAAGUUCGAUAAAUUGUCACACGAAACUUUCAAUAUUUCAUCCAUAGUUGCAGUAUACUAUUAUAUAAUCCUCUGUGAGCUACUUUAACAAAAUAAAUUGGUAGCAGCAGAUUUAUAAAAUGUCACUCGAUCGUUUAUCCUUUCUUAAAAUGUUUUAAUAUUUAUGUAAACUGCCCCGUUUAAUUUGUGUAUUUUUCAUUCAAUAUUUUCUACAUUUUCAUUAAUAUUACUGCUCCUUUUAAAUAUUUCAGUUACUUUGAAGAAAAUAAUCAUGAAUGAAAUGGAAUGUUUUAUUUUGUACCGUUGUUCUUGCAGGAAUAAUGCAUAGCUGUAUAGCUAUUACUGCUUUCUUUUAGCAUAAUAGUACAAUAUCCUGUUAUGUUCUAGACACACUAGUAAAAAUUACUACAUUACGAAUAAAAGUUAUCUUAACAAUGCAACAUAUUAGUUUCAAGUACAUAUAGUAUUUAAAAUACCUUUAAAAGUUACAUUGCAGAUAUUUUUUUAAUAAACAUUUCUAGUUGGCUGCAGAAUAAAUUUGUUAAUCUUUAAACAAAUAUUUUUGUUAAACGAGAUAUUAUGACCACUUAGUUAAUUUGAUUCAUAAAUUUGAUCAAUACUGUAUCUUUAGAAUUCCAUACUGAUGACUGUUUUUGACAGUAUAUUUAACGGUAAUAAUAGGUGUAAGUACACUUACUCUAAUGCUUCAAAAUAUGAUAAGCGAAAAGUUAUUGAACUAAAAGUAGCCUAUUUAACUCAAAAACGCUUAUAAUUGGCUAUAUUUAAUUCAAUUAUGAAAAUAUGGGCCAUGUAAUAUUCGUUUCGAUAAGUGCCCAUAUUUAAACAUGAAGUUGUAAAUCGUUACAGUAACUAGACUGUAUAUAAUAGAAUGUUGCACUUUUAUGCAAGGACUUGCAUUUGGAAUAUAAAUUGUGACAUAAAAACAUGCAUUUCACGUUUGACGCGAAAAUAGGUAAUUUCUUUGUAACAAUACUGAGUACAAAUAAAACACAAAUACUUUAUGAAA